GCUUCGGCGCGCCGAGAUCGCGGCCCUUGAAACGCGAGCGCGAGUCUCCUUCGGCGGUGACUGCCCGAGUCCAGGAACCGGAAGGACCUCCGCCCGGGAGGCGCGGCCACGGGGAGUCGAGAAUGGUCGCGGCUCCGGGGCCGAAGGAUCCUGGCGUCUCGGACGCGGAGGAGAGAGGAGACGUCGCGGCUGCCAUCUUAGGGACGAGGCCCCGCCGCUGCUACCGCCACCGCCGCCACCAACGCCGACGCCGACACCGCCGUCGCCUGCACGUGUGCGCCCUUACACAUGCGUGCUGGAGCAAACGGCUUACGCAGACGCGGCCGGCAGACCUACACGCGCUACCAAACCCUCGAGCUCGAGAAGGAAUUCCACACGAAUCACUACCUCACCAGGCGGAGGCGAAUAGAGAUGGCGCACGCGCUCUGCCUCACCGAACGGCAGAUCAAGAUUUGGUUCCAGAAUCGGCGCAUGAAGCUGAAGAAGGAAAUACAGGCGAUCAAGGAGUUGAACGAGCAGGAGAAGCAGGCACAGGCGCAGAAGGCGGCGGCGGCGGCUGCGGCUGCGGCGGCGCAUCAACAGCAGGGUGGCCCCGACGGGGGCAACUAGGGGUACGCCCUGCACCGGAGCCCCCCCGAUCACCCCACGGCCAACCCGCACCACCCUCUCCUAGCAGCCCAGUGUACACAGCUGUAUUAAGGUGAGUAGCAGUGAGCACCAGCCGUUUCUCUAAUGCCAAAUAGCUAUGGAUGUGCGUAACUGUCGAUAGUAGUCGGCUUAUCGGUUGCGGCGAACGGAAUAUGCUGCACCCGGUGAGUGACGAAGUACCUCGGACUCUCCCGUAGCUCGCAUACUCGACCAAUGCCCUUGAACUAGAUUUUUUUGAAACACACCAACAACUCCAACACCACAUCAGAAAGCACGUGUUCACAAAUGUACAUUUUGUUUGUCACAGUUUAUUUUUUUGUUGCGACCUACGCCAUAAACGCAUAAAAUGUAGUUUGAAGCCAUUAAAAAAUGGGGCAGGAACGGGCCCGGAAUUCAUUCCGAUGCUUAUAUUCACGAUGAUAUUUUAAAAUUGGACAAGAGAAGAAAAAAAAUUCAGCCGGUAGACGAAUGAAAAAUUAUAGCGUCUUGGCGUUGUAUACCACAGUGAACUAACUGCGUGAGAAAUAAAAUGAACGACGGAGAGAAAGAGAGGAGACUUUGUGCCCGCGCGCCUACACGAGAGAGGCAUACAAUGUUUGUCUUUUUCUUUUCUUUAUGUCUUUCUCUCUUUCUUUCCUUCCUUCUUUCA